CUGUAAUAGAAACGAAGACCUAGAAUUAUUCCGCCAGCACUUGGAACAUCUCCCCCGUAUUCAUUUCAGAAAGGGUAUGGAAGUUUCUCCAUUGCUGUCGAUGAAGGCAGAUACGAAUAUACAACCAUAGAAGAAUUUUGAACUGAAGAGAAACUUAUGUUGAUUAAUAUCCGAUGUAGAACUCAGAGAAUGAAGAAACGAAACAUUGGGGGUUGAAGACGGGAAAUUUUCGAAAUGUUGUCUUUGAAGAUGUUAGUGAAAACUGAAGUGGUUGUAAGGAAUAACUCGAAAUACUUUAAGACUGGAGACACAAUCAGGUUUUUUUUGGUGGAUGAAAACACAGACAGAUGAACAGAAACACACAUAACAGAGAUCGACAACAACACACACUCAUACAUAAUACAUAUACGGAUAACAGGUGGAGAAGAAGAACUAGUCCAGACGAUGCUGUUACGCCUUUUCAGAUUUUGGGUGGUGAAGCUCAGAUAGUUCAGAUUAUGUUGAAGCCAGAAGACAAGGUGAGUGCAAAACCAGGCUGCAUGUGCUAUAUGUCUGGCUCCAUUCAAAUGGAAAAUGUUUAUGCCCCAGAGAAUGAAGCAGGAAUGUGGCAAUGGGUUUUUGGAAAGAAUGCAACUAAAACAAUCUUUGUAAACAGUGGGUCAACCGAUGGAUUUGUUGCCAUGGCUGCACCUUCUCUAGGAAGAAUUCUCCCAAUUGACUUGGCAAGAUUCGGUGGUGAGAUACUAUGCCAGCCAGAUGCAUUUCUUUGCUCCAUUGGUGAUGUGAAAGUCAGUAGCAACACAUUUGAUCAGAGGGGACCUAAUCGUAAUGUUGUUGAGAGAUUGUUGAGACAAAAAGUAUCUGGGCAAGGCCUGGCAUUCAUGGUUGGGGGUGGAUCUGUUGUGCAGAAAAAUCUUGAGGUUGGUGAGAUACUUUCAGUGGACAUUUGUAGCAUUAUUGCUCUGUCAACAACGGUGGAUGUACAAAUCAAAUAUAAUGGUCCAAUGAGAAGGGUGGUGUUUGGGCAGGGGGAGAAUCAGAAUAUGGUGACAGCAAUGAUGAGAGGACCAGGAAUUGUGUUUAUCCAGAGUAUGCCCUUCCCUCGCCUUUCUCAAAGCAUUGCUAGGGUGGUUACAUCUCCAAACAUGAGGUUGAGGGACAAUCCAAGGUUGUUGAUGCAGAUACUCGUCUUUUCCUUUCUUGCUUAUCUUGUGCUCGUGCUAUAUACAGACUUCUGAAUUCUGAUAUUUGCAACAAAACAAAUACACUGUGUGAGC